UUUUCUCUCUUUUCUCUCUUUCCAACAUUUAUUAUAUUCACAAAUUUUCUUGACACUCGCGUUUUGUUACCUUCUGAUGCAUCCCCUUCACAAUGUCCAUCCGGAUUAGCUAAGGCCAUAUCGCCGAAAUUACUCUCUACUAUUAAACACGGUUAUGAACACGAUGAACCUCCCUCUCAUGAGCACAUCGCAAAUCAAGAACUUUCAUUUCAUACAAGUGUCAUUGACAUGACAAUAUUAGCGUCUCCUAUGUACUCUCUUGGUCUGCAAAUAAAUCCUUUUGCUUUGGGUAGUAUAUUGAGUACUAUGAUCGGAGAAGUGUAUGGAAGCAAACAGUACAAGGAGAAGUCUCUAAGAUUGGAUAAAAUAAAUUCAAAUACAACAAAACCCUGUAAAAACUGGCAUAUCCGUAUAAUCGAUCUUUCAUUUAUCGUUCUUUUAAUCGGAAAGUGUUUUACACAUAAGAAAACCGCACCUCUUUUCCAGUGGGCCUGUGCCUCUGUCCUUCCUUCUGCAUCUUUACAGGUCAAGAUCUUCCCUUUGGUAGAAGAAAUUCUGCCAUUGAUCGAGGAUGGCUAUGAAGAUGAGCAAAACUUGACCGGUUCCACUACAGGGUACCCUAAAACCAUCUGCGGGCAGACAUUCCUAAAGCUUUUAAAGACGAUGAGAACCAUCAUUCUCCAGGACGCUGUAUUCUUCAGGGUAGAGUACCCAACCAACCCCAUUUUUUCUGGUCUGCUAGAGGUUUGCUGGACUCAAGAUUCUCCUCAAGAGAUGAAGCUCAAGGAUGUUUUGCCCAAUCUACAGCAUGUUCUUGCAGCAAUCUUCAAGAAGAUGGAUAAUGUAGCAGGGAACAUCAACUUCACCAAUGCAAGGCAAGUGGCACCAGCAACCCAAGGGGAGGCAUACUCUGGCCAUCGGAAAGACAUGCAGAAUGUCAUAGGCUCAUUGAAUGGGCUUAACUUCUUAUUCAAUGAGUUUAGAUCUGCAUGUGUUAAUUUUGGAAACAACACUACUUCUGCUCCUAUAAUUGUGCCCACUGAGAGUGGCUCCAUUGAUAAAGACUGCCCAAGACCUGCCACACCCAAGCCAACAGCCAAGUGGAUAAAAAAUGUCAAAGACCUUUGGCACGAGUAUGCUGUUGGGUAUACUAUUGGUAAUGUCACAUACCCUCCGAUUGAAGAGCUCAAAAAAAAUAUAAAAAUGCAUGGAGAGAUGAAACGGAGCAAAAAUUCUAUUCUUGCCGAGUUUCUAUCAUCCAUGCUAUAA